AAAAACGCAUUUAUAUUUAUAUAUCUAUACGUAGAGAUAAAAAACAACGAUGUUUUUGAUUUCAAUUUCAAUUUUAGGUCUGUCUCUCCGGGAUAAAACCGAUUUUGCCGCCGCAGACGUCGUGUUCCGACCUUGAUGGAGGACAGAUAAACAAGAUUACCACCUUUGAGGCUUACCCUUUCGCCACCGUUUUAAGAUUAAGGGUGUUACAGAUUGUUUGUGGAAUAACUUUUUUAAUAAUGGGCACCGUUGGAUUUAUUGAAGAAAGAGGAGAACUAAAUUUGGGAUUUGGAAUACCAGCGGGAUCGGCCAUAAUUUUAGCAGCAGCUGGAAGUUUGCACACAACCAAAGGUUUCGGAGGCUACAAAACAUCAACGUGUCCACCAAACUCUCCAUUACGCUUUUUGGGCCCAACACUUCAAAUCGCCGUUCCAUUAACAAUCAUUUGGGGGACAGCUUGUUCGUUUUUAGUCGCACUUUUCGUCAAAUCACUUAAAACGUUAACUAUUAAUCCGAUAAUGAAGCCUAACUACGACGACGAAGAUCCUAAUUAUUUAUGUCACAAACGCGAUUUGACGAUUUUAGCCUCGUUGAAAGCGUCCUUGUGUUUCGUUGUAAUCAUUUCCAUCAUUACCUUAUUAAGAAUCGAUUGCAAAUACGACCCAGAUUGAUCUGCGCUUACCAUCGACCAAAGCGGAACCCAUCAAAUCGGGGUUAGCGUGGUCGGUGGGGAAAAUAAUUGUUUAACACCCGCUAUGGUUACUUCUACAAGUAACGAAAGAGUUGGAAGAGUUGCUUGGGUUGUGUAACAAAUUUUAAGACACAAAUAGAUCCAUAAACAGCCCAAAAUUAAUGAAGAUAUCAACGUCAAUAUUACCAAAUAAAAUCGUUAUUAAUAAAAUAUUUAUGUAGAUAAAAGUAGGGUUCACUUGUAAUUAUGUAUUUAGAUUUUUAGAGGGACAAUAAACGUAAAAAAAUGAUGAA